AAAAGAACCUCCAAAAAAUCAACGCUAUAUUAGGACACUGAAUGAAAAGACAAGCGUAUCAGUCGGACCACACAUAGAAACACACGCAUCACAAUGGCACCCGCAGCAAACACGGCAAGGCAGCGGAGAAUCCCCGGCUCCGCAAGAAGCCCCGCAGAGUCCGACUCGGACGCCGAAUACCAGGCCUACAACGGCCGACUGAAAGAAGCCGGCGCAGCCCGAACCCGUCUUCGCAAGGCCAAACAAACCCGCGACAAGAACCGCGCCGCCCUCGUCACAGCAUUCGAGGUCGCCCUCCGCCAAAUCGAAUCCCGCAUUCAAAAGUCCGUGGCCAAGCACAAAGAUCUGCGCUCAGCGAUGCAUAUCGCACACCUCAGACGCCUGAAACAGGCCAUGGACCGCCGCGACGAGAAAAUCGACAAGAUCGCGCGUAAGCUGGCCGAGCACCAGCAGAGGAUGUUGAAUCUGGCCGUUCAGCUGCAGGCGCUGUACGAAGGGCGCAAGGAGGACGUUGCGAGUGUGUUGAAGGAGGGCGGCGGCCAAAAGAAAACUGGUAUUGACGAGGUCUGGCUUCAAAUGAAUCAUGGUCAUCGUCAUCCACUUCGGGAGGGGGCUGUUGUUGCUGGCGGAGUGGGCGGUGUCGGUUCCGGAGAGGGCAGUGCUUUAGGUUGAUUGGGGGAUGGUUGGCGGGGCGUUUCGGUUGCUUUUGCUUGUUUGCUGGAUGAUACCCCUAUUGCUUUGGUCGUCGGGUAGUUAUGCUGGAGUUAUUGCUGGAACGGAACGGAGGCUGUAAUGGCGUAAAAAGGAUCCAGGCUCGCGGGGUGAGAGAGGAAUACUUCAUGAAUUUCCCAUGACCAGUCUACCCG